AUGGCCCUCUCCUGUGAUAGAUCUCAGGCAGAGCUGUGUGCUGACAGCACCCCACCCCACAGGUCAUCCACGCGGCCAGAGGUGGCGAGCAUCGAGCCACUGGGGCAGGACGGCUUCCACUGCUCACAGAGAGCGCUGGUCCAGGCGCGCUCCUCGCAGCCCACGCGUCUCACCGCCAUCAUCUCUGCCGAGGAUACACUGACUGGACAAGUGCUUCGCUGUGAUGCCAUCGUUGAUUUAAUUCACGACAUUCAAGUAGUGUCCACAACGAGAGAGCUCUACCUUGAAGAUGCACCACUGGAGCUCAAAAUUCAUGCUUUGGAUUCAGAAGGAAACACUUUCAGCACUUUGGCAGGGUUGGUGUUUGACUGGACAGUGGUGAAGGACCCAGAGGCCGAUGGCUUCUCAGACUCUGACGAUGCUCUGCGUAUACUCAAAUUCUUAGAAUCCACUUACAUCCCACCUUCCUAUAUAUUGGAAAUGGAAAAAGUUGCCAAGCAAGGAGAUACCAUUCUGGUGUCUGGAAUGAGAACAGGGAGUUCUAAAUUAAAGGCAAGACUUCAGGAAAGCAUCUAUAAGGAUGUACACCCUGCGGAAGUCAGGUUGCUUAUUUUGGAAAACAUCCUUUUAAAUCCAGUAUAUGACAUUUAUCUUCUGGUAGGAACAUCAAUUCAGUACAGAGUUCAGAAACUGAGUCAAGGGAAGAUCACAGAAAUAGCGAUGCCAUCAGACCAGUAUGAGUUGCAGCUCCAGAAUAACAUUCUCCAUCCCAAGGGAGUUCCCUCCUGGCCAGUUGCCAAGCUGGACCAGGCAACAUCCAUUGUGACUGCACUGCAGCAGGGCCAAACCAGUCUCAUCCUGGUGGACAAGAGUGUCCGCCUGCAGGGGGUGUCCAGACUGCCCAACAGCACGGUCCAUGUGGUACCUCCUGCAUAUUUGGGAUUUACAGUUCAUCCAGGUGACAGAUGGGUCUUGGAAACAGGCAGACGUUAUGAAAUUACAAUUGAGGUGUAUGAUAAAUCAAGAAAUAAGGUGUAUUUAUCUGAUAACAUCAGAAUUACUACAGAGCUGUCCAAAGAAUGCUUGGAGGUGCUGCAGUCCUCUCUGAAUGGAUCCUAUCAUUAUGUGAUGGCAGUAAAGGCGGGUCAGACCAUGAUUGAUGCUGCGCUGACAUCAGUAGUUGAUCAGGAUGGAGGUGUUCAUACCUUACCAGUCCCAGUGCGAAACCAGCAGGAUGUGGAGAUCUAUGUUCCAAUAUUUCUUUUACCCAGCAUUCUGAUGUUUCCUUGGCAGCCAAAAGCAGGAGUCUACCAGUGCACCAUCCAGGCUCAUGGUGGAAGUGGCAACUUCAGCUGGUCCUCUUCUAACCAGGCAGUAGCCACAGUGACAGCAAAAGGAGUAAUGACCACUGGGAGUGAUGCUGGAGUCAGCAUUAUUCAGGCAUUUGAUGUUCGGAAUCCGUUGCAUUAUGGAGAAGUGAAGGUGUACAUGAGCGAGCCCAGCACCAUGAAGUUCACUCCCUGCCGGGUGGAAGCACACGUGGGGCAGGUGCUGGAGCUGCCCCUGAGGAUCAGUGGCCAGACCAGUGUGAACAGGGGCAAGCUGGUCCCACUGAGAGACUGCUCACACAUGGAGCUUGUGGUGGAGCUGGAGAACCCUGGCGUGUUCAGCCCACUUGAAGGAAGACUUAAGCCAACUGCUGAUUUUUGCACUGGAGUGAGAGUGAAGGCUGAAUUUCAGGGGUACACCAGGGUGGUGGUUGUGUACACCCAUGGGCACGUGCGCCUCAGUGCCAGCAUCGCCAUCGCCGCUUAUCUCCCAUUGAGAGCUAUUGAUCCACCCUCUGUUGCUUUAGUGACUUUGGGUUCCUCUAAGGAUAUGUUGUUUGAAGGAGGACCAAGGCCAUGGGUCCAAGAACCUUCCAAGUUCUUCAGGAACGUCGCUGCUGAGGAUGCAGAAAGUAUUGCCCUGUCUUUACUUGAACCUCUCGCACCCCGAAACAACAACCAGCACUGGGUUAGGGUGCUGUGCAGGAGCCUGGGAGAGCAGGUUAUUACUUUAACAGUUGGGAACAGCCCUACAGUCACCAACCCUUUCCCAGUGGUUGAAUCUGCUGUGGUGAAGUUCGUCUGUGCUGUCCCUUCCCAGCUGACUUUGAUACCUGUUUAUGGCAGCUCUCAGCUUGAUCUCUCCUGCCCUUUGCUCCAGCAGAAAAAGCAAGUGGUUCCUGUUUCCAAUUACCACAAUCCAAUACUGGAUUUGGCUGCCUAUGACCAGAAAGGCAGGAAAUUUGACAACUUCAGCUCUCUUAGUAUUGUAUGGGAAUCCACAAAUAAGGCCCUUGCUCAUAUUGAGCUGGAGCUGCCAAUGGAACUGACUCUGAAGGAAGAGGGGAAUGGUCAGAAGAAAAUGCACGGCUUACAAACUGUGGUAGUUGACCGUGAGUUUGGAACUGCUAUGAUCUCCGCCGCUGCCGCUGCAUUCCAGCAGCCCCACCUGAAGGCAGCCAGAGCCAAAAUACCGCAUGAAGCUGUGCUCCCAGGGCCUGCCACCAUUGAACUGAUGCUUGUGGAAGAUGCGAAAGUGAGCCCUACUGAGGUCUCCGUCUACAACCACCCUGAUGCUCAGACAGAACUUCACAUCCAACAAGGUUCUGGAUAUUUUUUCAUUAAUACCAGUGUGCCAAAUAUUGUAAGAUUGACACAUGAGGAGACUCAAAGCAUUGCUUUGGUGCAGCCUCUGCUCCCAGGAUCAGUGACUGUAAUGAUUCAUGACCUGUGUCUAGCUUUCCCUGCCCCAGCUGAAGCUAAAAUUCAUGUAUCUGAUAUCCAGGAACUGUAUGUGCGAGUUGUUGACAAGGUGGAGAUUGGAAAAACAGUUAAGGCUUAUGUCAGAGUUCUGGAUGACUCAAAGAAACCUUUUCUGGCAAAAUACUUCCCUGUCAUGCAUCUCAGUCUAAGAUCAGCGUCUCAGCUUGUCUCCCUUGUCCCCCUGAGGGAGGCUCUGGAUGACCACACUGCUGCUUUCCUGGUGCGUGGGAUGACUGUUGGGCAGACGAGUCUGAUGGCAACUGUGGCUGACAGAAGAGGACAGAGAAUCAACUCUGCUCCACAGCAGAUUGAAGUCUUUUCCCCAUUUAGACUACUGCCAAGGAAAGUGACCCUAAUUAUUGGGGCGAUGAUUCAGAUCACUGCUGAAGGAGGCCCCCAGCCUCUCUCCAACAUCAUUUUCUCUAUUGACAACGGGCACAUUGCAUCAGUGAACAGCUCUGGGCUGGUCACAGGAGUGGCCAUUGGCAGCGGGGUGGUGACAGGAGUGCUGCAGGCUGUUGAUGCAGAGACAGAGAAUUUUGUGGCAGUGUCCCAGGACCAGGUGGAAGUUGAGGUGGUGCAGCUGACAGCUGUGAGAAUUCGGGCACCCAUUACACGAAUGAAAGCUGGUACUCAGAUGCCAGUUUAUGUCACGGGCAUCACCAGCACUCAGACUCCUUUCUCCUUUGGCAAUGCUGUGCCAGGGUUAACAUUCCACUGGUCUGUCACCAAGAGGGACACCCUGGAUGUCAGGACAAGGCUCAGUGAGGCUGAUUUUCAGCUUCCUGCAAACUACAACUUUGCAGUGGAUGUUUAUGGCAGAGUAAAGGGAAGGACAGGCCUGAAAGUUGUGGUGAAGGUCCUUGAUGCUGCAGCUAACCAGUUCUACAACAUGGCAAGAGAAUUGUCUGAUGAAAUCCAAAUUCAGGUGUUUGAAAAACUUCAUCUAAUCACCCCAGAGGCAGAAAGAGGGCAGAUCUUAAUGUCACCAAAUUCCUUUAUGAAACUUCAGACCAACAGGGACCAAGUGGCCUCCCUGAGUUACCGUGUCUUGGAUGGACCAGACAAAGUCCCUGUUGUGGAAAUCGAUGAGAGAGGAUUCCUUGUCUCUGGGUCUGUGACCGGAUCAUCAAUGAUUGAAGUGAUUUCACAAGAGUUGUUUGGCAUUAACCAGACCACCGUAGCUGUUGUUAAGGUCUGCCCCAUCUCCUACCUCAGGAUCUCCAUGAGACCUGUUCUGCUCACCCAGAACAAAGAGGCACGGCUGGCCCUGCCCCUGGGUGUGACACUGACAUUUGCAGUCCAUUUCCACGAUAACUCUGGAGAUACUUUCCAUUCACACAAUGCUGUGCUCAACUUUGCCAUCAACAGAGACGACUUUGUGCAGAUCGCCAAGGGAGCCACCAACAGCACCUUUGUGGUCAGGACUGUGAACGUGGGGCUGACCCUGCUCAGGGUGUGGGAUGCAGAGCACAGUGGCACUGCAGACUACAUCCCGCUGCCUGUCCAACAUGUCAUCUUCCCAGAGCUCCCAGCUGUGGUGGUGGGGGAUGUCCUGUGCCUGAGGACAUCGCUGACAUCCCAGGAAGGUGUGUGGAGCUCCUCCUCAAGUGCUCUUCUCGUGGACUCCAAGACUGGUGUGGCCCUGGCAAGGGACUCUGGGGUGGUCACUGUCUACUAUGAGAUCUCUGGGUUACUGAAAACCUACAGAGAGAUCUUGAUUAAUGCACCUCAGAGGACCACAGCAAUGCAUGUCAGUGGCAUGCAGACAAGUUUGCAGGGAGUGGCAGCCUCCAAAGUCAUAGUUUCAAUUGGGGAAACAAACAAAAAUUUGAAAGGGGAGUGUUCACCAGCUCAGACUGAAGCCAUUGCUGAGUUACAACCCCAGUCCAUUAUCAGUUGCCAUCUCGAUUUCAGUAGUGAUGCCUUUGACUUCCCAGCACAGGAUAUUUUUGUGGCAGAACCUGGAUUUGAUGCAGUUUCAGGACACUACACGUGCUCCAUCAGGAUGCACAGCCUCUCUGACAAGCAGCUGAAGCACCUGAGCAGGAGCAAAGCCACGCUGAGGGUGACAGCUGCAGUGCAGGGCAGUGCCAUGGCUGGGGAGCAGCUGGGCACAGAGGUGCCCUUCAACCACUGGUUCUAUGCUGAUCAGGCUGAAAUGCUGCUCAGCAACCAGGACAUGAGCUCCAUCCUGAAAAUCUUUGGAGUCAGUGAAAUUCUGGAUAGCCUGGAGGUGAAAUGUGAGUCCCCAGCAGUGAAGGUACUGGAGAAGGAGAAGUACUACGGGCUGCCCAGCUAUGUGGUGUACACUGUGAGCCUGGCUGAUCCCAGAGUUCCCAGCCAGGGCUCCCUGUCCACCACUCUGACUGUCUCCAGUCCCAUGACAGACCAGUCCAUCACCAUCCCAGUGACAGUGAUCUACCUGACUGACAGAACCACUGCACCCAUGAGAUAUGAAGCUGGUCUCUUCCAGCAGUUUGUUGAGUCUUACCAGGUGAUGAUCUUCACUCUUUUGGCACUGUUAGCAGGGACAGCUGCUAUGAUUAUAGCCUACCAUGCAUUUUUCUCACCGAAUGAACAGCACAAUCAGCCAGUAUUCCACCCAAGGGCAAAUCUUCAGCACACGGCUAACAAUUCCACUGCGUCACCUGAACAUUCCUUGAGCUCCCAGGCCUCCAGCAGGCAGCCGAGCCCCUCAGCCAUGCUCUGGAGCACAGGUUACGCCUCUCGGUAGAGACAGCACAACUCCUCCUCGUGCCAGCAAAUAAAAAUAAAUACACAACUCAGUGCCUUAGCAAGCUCAGCACCUUUAGCAGUCGGGAGGCAAUUCAAGUUUUCUCUGGAAUACAACUAGGUCCUUAAUUAAUUUAUUUUUUCUAAUAUUUAGGGUUCUUUGAUUUUCAUUUUUUAUGUCAGUGAUUCAAUUCUCAAAAGCUUGUUUUAUCUGUUGUUUUUUGCUGCCUGCACAAAAGUCAGUGUUUAUGCUAAUCUGGCUUUCUUGCACUCUUCAAGCAACUAGAAGUUGUAUCUAAGUUAGAGUGAUAACAAUUUUUUAUUUACCUUUUGUAAAAAUUAGAUUUCUUUUUAGUGAGCUUUUUUAAGAAAAGGGAAAUUAAAGAA